AUUAGAACACGCUUAACAGCUCUCUUGUUACCGGUGUAUUCAAGCAUUUGCAAUAAGCUCAAAGCAGUUAUCACCAUGACUCAGACGCCACAGCAAAGGAGAGCUAACGAGAAGUUUGCAAAACAUGAAGCUUCUAAACGUGGAAAGCCAAAAACGACUACGACCAAACACAACACGAAGCCUUCGCUAUCAACGGGUUGGGUUGUUCUUCUUGCCUUUGUUGUCUGCGGUGGACUUGUAUUUGAGUUGCUGAGGAUCGUUCCACAAUUGUGGUCCGCAAUCGCGUCUGUUUUCAACCGACUGCUGGCGUAGAUGCUCCUUUCUCUCAGACUGGCUCUGCGAAGCAACAGCUGGCUUAUAAAAUUAUUUAUGCAUUUGCACCUCUAUGCCUUGUUAGGGGUGAAAUAAAUGCUACUCUCCGAAAGACCGGCAAAUAUCCAGCCGUCACUAUGACUGAGCCCUACGUGAACAGAGGCGGGUCGGACCCUUGAACCUCUGAAGCCCAGCUGAGUACAAGGAAGGCAUCGAUUAAAAAUGGCAUAUCUUGAAAGUAAACUCUGUGUAUAUUUGUCUUCUCAAUAGAACUAAUCAAUCAGCUUAAUCUUUAGCCUAA